AUGCUCUAUUUAUGCAUUGUUUUGACCCUUGCAAUCAUAGGAUCAGCCGAAAAACUCACACCUAUCCUUCCUGGGGACCCUUAUAAUGUUGUCGGCGAAAUUGAGAAGCGACAACUGGGCCGUUGCUCCUAUUUCUACGCCUGGCUAGCAAUUCCACAGGGCUCACAUCAGGAUAUCUAUGCUCACUAUUCUGCUUGCAGCAGGCUGGAAUUACGGUUCAUGGAGGCUGCUCGGGAAACACGAAGUCCACAAUCCGAAUUCAAAGUUAACGUUGUUGAGGAACUGAAUCGUGUAAAUAAGGACUACGCCGCACAACUGAUUGACCUUGAAACUCUUGAUGCUCUUCUUCAAACCGUAAAGGUAACUAAUGGUGUUCAGACCUCCCCACCGCUGACGUCAAAGGAUAGGAUUUUUUACCUCGCCGACCGAUUGGGGCAGUACACGAUGUUGGCCAUGUUGCGGCCUGGAAGGCUGCCCAAAAUUGAAAUUAUUCCUCCCCCCUCGGAGAAGACACACAUCCACCCACAGAACGUGCUCUGCUACCGAAAGACUUGUGAACCCUCUGUGCAGGCAACAACACCAGUGUUGUCAUCAACGAAUUCGUCUGUGGAGUAUGUUAUGUUGCUAGCCGAAGCAAAACAGGAAAACAGGCGUCUUUACAUCCAACUUAUUAUCUAUCGAGUCGUAUUCGCCUUAGCAGCUUUUUUGUGUAUUCUUUUUGGCAUUGCAGCUCUUAUUCUCUGUUUCCGGUUACGUGCUUCAUCCAAACUACCCAAGAAGUCGCCGAGAAUGGACGGCUCGUACCACAACGCACCACCAUACAAUUCAUUGAAUGGGGGUUAUAAACUCACCACCCCUGUAAUCUUCACCGAUUCCGUUGCAUAUCCCGUUAACGCGGCCCACGUGCCCAGUGAUACGGCGAGCCUUCACAACACAGCCAUUUCUAGUAACUUAAGUGGGUGUGAGUUGCUGCCAGCCAGUGGAGCUAGCGGGACCCCCUAUACGCACCUCUCCUACCAACCGCUUUAUUCGACCGAUGGAUCAGGUGUCAUGAAACCUGUCGCACAAAACCGAUUCCAAGGUUCUGCGACACAGAACUUCUUUCCACUUGUAACAGCAUUCGAUCGGUCGGCAAGUCCUGCCUCUGAGGGCUACCGGACGGGCUCCCUGGACCGCCGAAGCGAUGCUGCUUCGGAGAAAAUUCGACGGAGGACACCCAUCCAGGUGAUUGCCCUACCUCAGGGUGCCGAAGCUCCACCAACAGCAAGCUAUAUUCCUCUUCCACAUAUUUUCUCCCAGUAUUCUCAGCCCACCUUUAAACCCGCCCACUCAUCGACAAAUGACCAGACCAUGACAUCCCAAGGAAGUGGUGGCACGGUAAUCCACAAGUUUGCCGGCGAUAUGAACUACCAUCCACCUAUAAACGGGGAUACUGCUACUGCUGGAGUUCCUAUGAAUUGA